AUGAAUAAUACAUGUAUUAAUGAUAUAGACAGAAACUUCUAGUAUAAUUAAACAUACAAACUAUGUAGCCGCAGCAAAAUAAAUAGAAGUUAGGGAAUAAUACAAUUUAAAACAAUUGAUAUAACUGUAUAUAGUCAUGCAGCUUUGACGACGCUUAAUGAAAUAGCACAUAAAUUAUACAUACGAAUUCUUCUGGUAUACUCUUUCUAUAAAACUGAUAUUAUUUAGCUUUUGUUUCCAUGACUUAUAAGCUAUAUCAUGCAUGCAGCUGUUUUAAAAAUCUUAUACUUUUCACGACACAAUAUACAGUAUAUAUCAAAAGGCAACUUGGUAAUAUCUAUAACUACCAAUAUAUGAACUGAUUAAAUUUUGGAGUGGCCUGCAGGCUAUCUCGGAGAGGACUGUCAAACACUCAACAGUGCAUGUCACUGAAAGUGUAUCCACUUAAAUCUAUUCUUGAUAUUCUGGAAACCUCGAGGUGAUAUUUUCAAAGAGAAAGAAAACCCUCGAGGUAAUAUAUUUAAAGAGAAAAAAACCUCGCGUGGCGUUUAGUUCGUAAGGGAUUUGAACUUCCAACUUGAAAAACUGUUAGAGAUAUUUACCAUGUCUCCAAGAAAUGGACCCCAUAUAAGAUUGCUGCCGCAGCGAGCGAGCCUGAAGCGAGCGAGCAAGGCAGCAGAUCCUAAUUUUGUUUUGUGGGUCGAAAUCAAAAUUUUCUAUUUGGCGCAUUGCAUGGCGGUACCAGUGAAUUUUAACCGUGGUGCAGCGCGGUCAGGCAUAAGGCAAACAGGCAAUGUGAUCAUGUUUCAUCUUUGGUCUUCUUUUAUGGAAAGCCAUAGCUGGCUUAAAGUGAUCAAACGGCAUUUUGUUGGGUGCUUUUAGCAUUAUACGGCGGUGCUUUUGGCAUUAUACACGGUGCUUUCGCCAUUAUACGCGGUGGUUCCAGUAUUAUACGCGGUGCUUUCACCAUUUAUAUAUACGCGAUGCUUUUGCAAUAUAAAUACGCAGUGGUUCGUCGAGCACUAUAUGCGGUGCUUUUAAUAUUAUACGCGAUGCUAGCUUUCAUUCAACAUUAUUUCCAUAUUCUUUCCAUGACAUGUAUAUGAUUUAAGGUAUGUGCAUGGUUGACAAAUGCUUUUUGCCUAUGGUCUGCAAGGACAAUGACAUGUUUUCUGUGUAUAUACAUGUAAAUGAAUAUAACGCAGCGAAUGCGCCAAACAGUAUAAACGCGGCUGAAAUACGAUAUUAAAAUCUUAAAUGUGCCGUAUGAUUUAAUUAUGUUUUAGGAUUUACAAAUGCUUUGUCAUUUGUAUUUAUACUUGUACUGCAUCACAAGGCAGUACGUACUGUAAGUGAAAAAACUCCACAUGUGAGAUUGUCUUGUAUAUAUUUUUGCUUUCUUUGAUAAACACUAUUAAACACGCAAAUUUUAAUUAGUGAGACGCAAUGUUAAAUGUCACCUGCAUGUCAUUGUCAUUGCCCUUUAACCCCUGGUCUAAUUGGCCGCUUUUGAAAAUAUUGAUAGUUAGUGCCUUACGUCUUCGCUGGUUGUUAUACUUUAAAAUAAUUUUGCAUGUACCGAAAAUCAAUAUUCCGAGUAUAUAAAUAUAUAAACUGGGAUGUCACACUGAUAGCUUGUUUACAUUUCCUGGAGCAUCAUGAAAUCUUAUGUUUAACCACGGUGGUUUAACCCAUUAGCUGGCAAUGCGCCCUUCCCUUGUCGAGCGCCAGAAGAUUUUACUCGUCAGUGGUAUAGGGUACUGCCAGUAAAUGGGUUAACAAACCUAUCUGCCAAUGGCUCUUGUUAAUUCAUCAGCACAGUAAUGACCCCUACUUUAGUAUUUACCCUGUCCAACGCCAGACGCCAGACGCCCUGCCAUGCAAGCUAAACAAUAAUUGGAUGUUUCUGAAGGACUCGUUCAACACCCUGUAGUUUGUCUUUUGCUGUCAAAGGCAGCAUUACUGCCCUGUGGGUAACCUAGUUUGUAAACUGAUUAAAUGAUGCUCCCCAUUAUGAUUUGCAAGCUUAGAGUAUAUAUAUAUAUAUAUAUAUAUAUAUAUAUAUAUAUAUAUAUAUAUAUAUAUAUAUAUAUAUAUAUAUAUAUAUAUAUAUAUAUACAUACACACAUAUAUAUAUAUAUAUAUAUAUAUAUAUAUAUAUAUAUAUAUAUAUAUAUAUAUAUAUAUAUAUAAUUUCGCUUACCUCAAAAUUCCGCAACAGUCUGUUUCAUCAGUAAAGAAUCAUCAGGCAAGAUACCGCCUGAUGAUUCUUUACUGAUGAAACAGACUGUUGCGGAAUUUUGAGGUAAGCGAAAUUCUACAUUUGCUCUAUUUUUAUGAUAUUGAGCACUCUUUGCGUUUCGUAUACACAAACCUACUCGUAUAUAUAUAUAUAUAUAUAUAUAUAUAUAUAUAUAUAUAUAUAUAUAUAUAUACCGGGUGGCCCAAAAAAAAGUACUCCUGUUUGAUUCGUAGUAACUUCUAAACAAGUAAAGUUUUUAAAGAGAAAUAACUUGCAUUAAAUAGAGGAAGGACUAACUUAGAUUUUGAUAUAUUACAGUUGUAUUUAACUUAAAAAUUCACGGAUAUAUUAAUGUUAAAAAUGGGGAGCAUAUUUUGGAAUGUGUCCAAAAUUAGCGAAAAUCGGCAUAUCAAAUAUUAACUCCAGCGUUUGUUUGCUUAAUGACAUAUUAGGCUAACUUGUAUUUCAGCGAAUUAUCGUUAAGGUUUGUAAGUGAUAUGGCGUAGAUUUAGACAUCUUACAUGUAAGUCUUAGCUCAUUGUUUCCUGAAAUAUGAACGUUCGAAAUUAUGCAAGUAUUUAAUAUUAGGUCUUUGCAAACUUAAAUGUACAUGAAAGACUGACCAUGGAAGGCAGGCGCUUAAAUUUUUCGUAUUCUUAAAUAGCCUAAUUUUUUUAUGUUUUUAAUGGGUUCAAACAGACUGAGUAGAUUAUUUCUCGGUUAGAGCAGGAUGAAUAUUCUUUAUUGAAGGAAAUAAUAUUGCUUUUUGCAAAUACACAUCACCGUAUCAACGCUACUAUUUUGUUACGUUUUGUUCCAAAAAUGUUGCAUGUCUCUGGGGAGUUGCUUAAUUGUUAUGUCUUAUGGAGUUGUAUGGUUUGAUUGUGUUUCAUAUAAUUCUCAGUUUACUCCAUGAACUUACCAAGAUUAAGAAACGGCAAAAGAGUUUGGGUGUUCUUAACAAGAUUUCAGAACGUUGCAGAAGUUAGAAGAGCUUCACAAUUCCGUUGUGACAGCAUGCCCUAAUUCAGAACUACGAACGAUCCAAUGACGAUCCUUCGCGAUGCAGUGGUCUCAUGAAAUAAGGAAACGUAUUCGUGCUAGGAACACACGCGAAUUUCGGACGAAUGAAUCUUGCUUGUAUUUUGUAGAUAUAAUAAUACUUUGUUUCAUAAUAAACAAUUUGUCAAGUGUCAUUUAUUUACUGGUAAUAGUGCAUGUUUCAGUCGGGCAAAUCUUGAUUAAUAUUUGAUACGCCGAUUUUUGCAUAUUUCAGACACAUCCAGAAAUAUCCUCCCGAAUUUAAAGAUUAAUAUCUCCGUGAAUUUUUAAGUGAAAUACAACUGUAAUAUAUCAAAGUCUAAGUUAGUCCUUCCUCUAUUUGAUGCAAGUUAUUUCUCUUUAAAAGCUAUACUUGUUUAGAUGUUAUUACGAAUCAAAAGCCUUUUGAAAUCGGUGAUAGACAAACAUGCCUCACUAACUUGGAAAAGAGUGCGUAGUCGAGACAGUCCCUGGUUUACAAAUGAAAUAAAAACGAAGACCGACGAACGGGACUAUUAUCUCAGAAAGGCGAGAAAAUCAGGUAAAGAGAUCGACUGGUCAACGUAUCGCCGUCUUAGAAAAGAUGUGACGCGAUCAAUCCGACAAAGUAAAGCGAAUUACACGAGACAGAUCUUCAGAGAAAACAUCAAUACACCAAGGAAAUUUUGGAAUCAAAUAAAGAAGUGUUUUCCAACGAAAGGAUCAAGAGACGCUGGCUCUAAAGUUUUUAACGUUGAUGGCAAGCCUACGUCGAACGUGAUUGAGGUUGCGAAUGGUUUCUGCAAAUUCUUCACCAGCAUUGGAAAAAGGCUGCAGGACGUUCUACCAAAGUUGACUGAUAUAGCCUGGAUGCACCAUGAUCAUUCAAAUUUCAAACGUAAACUGAACCCUCGAAACUGCACUUUUAAAUUUCAGAAGGUCAGCAGUAAAGAGAUCAAGGAUGUUAUGAAGAAACUGAACAGAAAGAAAGCCCAAGGUUAUGACGAAAUCCCUACAUCUUUUAUAAAAGAUGGCGCUGAUAUAUUGGCUGAGCCGUUAACAACACUAAUCAACCGAUGCUUAAAAAAUUCCCUCUUUCCAUCAGCAGAAAAAUGCGCGAAAAUUACACCAAUAUACAAGUCUGAAGAAAGAUCACUUUUGGACAACUAUAGGCCCAUUUCCAUCCUGGCGGUGCUUUCCAAAGUGUUUGAGCGUGUGGUCCACCGACAACUAUAUGCAUAUCUUGAAGAAAAUAAUCUCCUUUCAAAAAAUCAAUUUGGCUUUCGAACCAAAUUAUCGACUCAGCAUGCAGUGACAAAAUUUUCUGAUUCGAUAAGACAAAACAUGGAUAACGGUUUAAUGACUGGUGCAAUAUUUAUCGACCUACGAAAGGCGUUCGACACCGUUGAUCAUGCUCGCUUGCUGUCGAAACUGACCAUUUACGGCAUCAGAAACGACGAACUUAUGUGGUUCGAAGACUAUCUUUUUAACAGAACACAAUUUGUUGCAUUUGAGGGUGUUGAAUCAUCAGUUCAGCCAAUUUUCUGCGACGUGCCCCAGGACUCAAUUCUGGGUCCUUUGUUGUUUGUCCUGCUAGUCAAUGAUAUUGAUAUUCAUCUGAAACGGUGUGAAAUUGUCUUUUACGCUGAUGAUACUGUCAUAUACCGUGCCGACAGAACUUGUGAAAGAAUUGAAGAACACUUUAACAAUGACAUGGAACAGAUUUCCAACUGGUUUGUCCAAAACAACUUGGUAAUAAACCUCAAACGUUCAAAGACGGAGUGUGUUCUCUAUGGUACUCAUAAAAAACUUCCAAAUCAAGACCAAUGGAAAUAA